CGAGGAAUGUGCUGCAGACUUCAGAAGCCAUUUUGGGAUGAUGUCCCUGUUGAGAAAACCCAUGAAGAUGCUGAAAUCAACGAUCAUGGUUACAUUUCUGUGUGUUCCUCCCUCCGUGUGUUCUAUUCCACCAUGGCAGCUGUCAACGGACGGGACAUUAGCAAAGCGGGCUAUCGAGCAGUGCUCACAGAGUUAAAACGCCAUUGAUAUGAAAGAGGAGAGUGUCUGUUUACUGUCUCUCUGUCGAGACAUGUAACUCCGUGAGUUUUUUCCAGUCUGAAAUCGUCCUGCAUCUCUCACAAUCCACCGUCUCCUCGAGUGACUGUGUUAAUUCACUCUUGUGCCGGAGAGAGGGAAGGCAUUUUCCAAUGACUUCUGUGAGCCUUGUCUCCAGUCCCCCCGCCCCUGUUCUUGACAAAAACAUGACAGACUCUGAGCUUGCAGGGGAUGAAAGGGAGGAUGGGGAACUUGAAGAUGGAGAAAUUGAUGAUGAAGGAAUUGGGAUUGAAGAAGAGCCCAAAGAGUCCACCGAAGUGACUGAAGACAAAGAGAAAGAGCGAGAAAAAGAAAAGGAGAAAGUGAAGGAGAAAGAGGAGAAGAGUCACAGACACUCCCGAAAACGCUACAAGAAAAACAGAGACAAGAAGAAGUCCAAGCGGAGGAGGCGGGACAGACAAAAGCAUCACUCCCCAUCGAGCAGCUCCAGCUCGGAGAGCUAUGACUCGGACUACGAUCGCCCAGAAAGGCCGCCCAAAAGCAGGAAACGCCGUGACUCGGAUGGCCAGUCCUCCCAGCAUGGGAGAGAUUCAAAGGGAAGCCACGGCAACUCACAGAAGUCCCCACCUCAUAAGAGCAGUGACUAUGACAAAUAUAGUGAUUACAGUGAUGACAAAUACGACUAUGAGGAAGAGGAGGAUGAGUAUGAUGAAGAGUCCGAGUACUCAUCGAAAGGACGACACUCGAAAAGAGGAAGCAUGAGGGGUAUGAAACACCAACCAUAUGGUGGGAGGGGGCGUGGCCGAGGCAGUGGACCAGGCAGAGGUCGAGGAAAGAAACUGAAAGGAAAACCCUGGAGCGGCCGAGGAAGAGGCAGAGGAGACCAGGGGGGCAUGGAAGAGGACAAAAAUUCUGCUUAUCCGAAGAAAAGGCCUAUUAUGAGCAAAGAGUUCAUAAAUCAGCAUACAGUGGAGCACAAUGGAAAGCACAUCUGCAAAUAUUUCCUGGAGGGUCGCUGUAUCAAGGGGGACCACUGCAAGUUUGAACAUGAGCUGAUCCCGCUUGAUAAGAAAAAGGAGCUGUGUAAAUUCUACUUCCAGGGAUACUGCAGUAAAGGCGAUAACUGCAGCUACAUGCACAAUGAAUACCCCUGCAAGUUCUUUCAUACUGGAGCCAAAUGCUACCAAGGGGACAAGUGCAAAUUCUCCCAUGAUGCUUUGAAUGAUGUGACUAAAGAGCUGCUUAAUAAGAUAAUCAACACAGAGGAGGAGAACAAUGAUGAGCUGGAGCUGGAGGACCUGAGGAAGCAGGGCAUCGCUCCUCUGCCUAAACCACCUCCAGGUGUGGGGCUGCUGCCCACUCCAGGUCAGAGCAGCCCCACAGACAACGGUCAGUCAGGGAAGAAGAUCCCAUCACUGUUCGAAAUCAAGGUCCAGCCCACUACAGACCUGGCACAGAAAAUUGCACUGGGUGGAUCAAACUAUCAGGAUGAUGGCACAGACCAGUUCACAGGAGGGGCCGAAGACGUGCCUCUAGAUGGGGCUCCUCCUUCAGGAUCUCCUGGUUCUAUGGGCCCCUGUGUUGGGCCUAUGCAGCAGGCACCACAGGGUCCACAUGGGUUUCCUCCGAUCGGCCCUGGUCCUUUCCAACCAAAUCAGCCACAGAUGAACAUGCAGAGGCCUCCUUUUGCUCCUGACCUACAAAUGCUACAAAACCUGUUACCCUUUGCCUCUAUGGGGCAGAACCCUGUGGAUUUUCUGAGCAGCUUUUUUCAAAAUCAACCUAUGAACCAACAAGGAAUGGAUCCUAAUCGGGCUUACAUGCCCACCAUCCAGCAGCAGUUAAAUGCAGAGCCACAGUUUCAGGCGUUGCCUCCACCUGUGCAGAAAGCCAUUCUCUUGCACUUGCAGCAACAAGAGGCCAACCAGAAGGGCCCUGAGCCACCUGGAGCAACACCCAAGGACGACAGUGCAGGAAGAGAUGAGACUACAAACUGGUACUCAAGCGAUGAUGGGGAGGAAGGCAGCGUUACAUCCAUCUUAAAGUCUCUGAAGAAACAAAGUGAAAUGCAGCAGGCCCAAACCAAGCCUGUACCGCCCCCUAGUGGGCCAGUGGGUGAUCCUCGUCUCAAAGAAAGAGGUCCUCCGAGCGACCCCAGAAUAAAGAUGGACCCACGCCAGCGUCCUCUUGAGGUGAAGAAGGAGUGUGACAGUUCAGGUGAUCCUCGUUUGUCCAGAGACCCCAGGAAGAUGAGGGAACAGUAUCAGCAGCAGGGGCAGACUGUUGCUCAAAAACCUUUGACUGGUGAAGACGAUGAUGAAGGAGAGAGAGAGCUGAGGGACAGGGCAGCUCUUAUUCCUCUAGACCCAAGUCCUGGAGUUGUGCUUCGAGACCCGCGCUGUCAGUUAAAACAGUUCAGCCAUAUCAAAGUGGACAUCCUGCUGCAGAGACCUGCUUUUGCCGAGACUGUUGUGUGGGCGCCGGAGGAUCUCAUCCCUUCUCUUAUCCCCAAACAGGAACACUCCAUCAACCUGCCCUUACCUCCUCUUAUUGCUAACGCUCAAAUGAACCGGUCUACUCUCCCGGAUAGCCACCCUGUCUCCAGCCCCCCUCCUGUCGACCCCAGACUAGCAGCGGCGAGAUUAAAGACUCGAGUGCCAUCUGGAUCUAUGGACACUCGCAUGUCUGUAGAUAGACCCGUAGACCCGCGGCAAGCGAAAUCUUUAGAUCCUAGACUGAAACGGACCGCAAGUUUGGAUUCAAAGAUGCUCGGGCAGAAAGAACCAUCUUCUACUGCUGCAGUUGACCCGAGACUUCAGAAAUCAAAUGCGAUGACUUUAAAUCAAACCGUUUCUCCUAAAAGUGAACCAGAUAAACUCCCUCCAUAUGCGCCACGCCUUGCUUCAUCCGGUGGAGGUCUAGAAAGUCCGACUACUAUUCUUGGGGGAAUAAGUUUAUAUGACCCUCGCAAUCAGACAGAACAGAAAGAGCAGGCUGAUCCACCCAAAAAGACUGGGAUACUUAAAAACCCAGUUAAAAAAGACAGUACACCACCUCCAUCUUUAUCUCCAAAUCAACGCAGCAGCUCAUUUGAGGAGGUUAAAAGCACAGAAACGGUGUUGGAUCAGAGCCCACCCCGUUCUUCGGACACUCCUCCUCCUCCCUCUCCAAUCAAACCUGCAGCUGUGCACAACCUGCCCAUACAAGCACUGGCCGGGCUUAUGAGGCCACAAUACAUAGACCCAAGACAGGCCAAGCAAGUGGGACAGGGAACUACAGUAGCGCAGGAAGAGGCAGAGCAAAAGAAAGAGGGAGACCAAAAUGAGGAAAAGGGGGAGGAGGAGGCUAUGGAGGUGGACCAGGACAAACGGGACGUCCCAGAGGAAGCAGAGGACCGGACACUUAAAGAUGUGUUUAAGACUUUUGAUCCCACUGCUUCUCCUUUCUGUCAAUAAGUUACAUUUGUACAGUCCAGAGACAUUUGAAAACUAUUUAUUCUUGUGUAUAGUGCUCAUAACUUAUCGAACAGCAUCUAUCAAAUGUAUCACAUGUGGCAGUAUGAAGAUGCUUAGAGCUUUGUUAACGCAUGAUAAAUUUCAUCUUUUGAUUUCAAGUCUCAGUAAGGCGCAUCUCAAUGAUUUCAAAUGCAACUGAAACGUGUAUUUUAAUAGUUAUAUUAAAAUGGCAUCACAUUGGAAAACAUAAAUGCAAUUUGGUUGUAAUACAUGUAUUUAUUAUACAUUAUAAAUUUCAUGUUCUAAACCGAACAAAUGAAAUAUUUUACUGUUACAAAGUAUUUUAUUUUGUUGAGAUGCAGCUGUCCCUUUGGUAUAGUAUAAAUGGU